CCUGCCGAAACACUCCGACAGGAGCCCCCUGGGGCACUCCCAGCUCUGCAACCGUAGCAAGGGGGAUCUCUCAGGGAUUUUCUGGCUCAAAGCAGCCCCCGGUGCUCAUCCCGGGGGGGUCUGGUGCUCCCGCUGCACCUACAGUGUGAAUUUCCACGGCCAAAAGCUGCUGUGUUUCCAGACGCCGCCGCUACCCACAGCUAGCGGGACCUGUGCCGAGAGGAGGAGAGGAUCUCUGCAAAGCAGGUGAGGCCGGGCGGUGAAGAGCAGCAUGGACCUGGAUGUGCUGAACAUGUUUGUCAUUGCCGGUGGCACUCUGGCCAUCCCCAUCCUGGCCUUUGUGGCCUCCUUCCUCCUCUGGCCCUCGGCGCUCAUCCGCAUCUACUACUGGUACUGGCGCCGAGCCUUGGGUAUGCAGGUUAGAUAUGCAAACUACGAUGACUAUCAGUUUUGUUAUUCCUAUAGAGGGAGACCUGGAUACCGACCGUCCAUCCUGAUGUUACAUGGGUUCUCAGCCCACAAAGACAUGUGGCUGUCUAUGGUCAAGUUCCUGCCCAAGAACCUGCACUUGGUGUGCGUUGACAUGCCCGGGCACGAGGGCACGACCCGCUCAGCCUUGGACGACUACUCCAUUAAUGGGCAAGCUAAGAGAAUACACCAGUUUGUGGAGUGCAUCAAGCUGAACAAAAGGCCCUUUCAUCUGGUUGGCACUUCCAUGGGAGGAAACGUUGCUGGUGUCUAUGCUGCCCAGUACCCAGAAGACAUUUGCAGCCUGACCCUCAUCUGUCCUGCAGGCCUGCCAAGUACCACUGACAGCAAGUUCAUUAAGCAGCUCCGGGAACUGCAAGAGUCCGAACGCAUUGACAGGAUCCCUUUAAUUCCCUCGACUCCUGAGGAGAUGGCGGAUAUGCUGAAGCUUUGCUCCUAUGUUCGCUUCAAGGUGCCGCAGCAGAUCCUCCAGGGCCUCGUCGACGUUCGCAUCCCACACAAUGAUUUUUACCGGAGACUGUUUUUAGAAAUCGUGGAUGAAAAGUCCAGGCACUCUCUCCAUGAGAACAUGAGCAAGAUCAAAGCACCGACGCAGGUCAUCUGGGGAAAGCAGGACCAGGUCCUGGACGUUUCUGGUGCCAGCGUUUUAGCAAACGCUAUCCCGGACUGCCACGUGUACAUCCUGGAGAACUGCGGGCACUCGGUGGUGGUGGAGCGUCCCCGCAAGACAGCCAACCUCAUCCUGGAGUUCCUGGCGCUGCUGCACAGCAUGGACAACAACAAGAAGCAGGCGUGAGCGUGGCGGGGAGCCAAGGACCCACGCUGGGCCUUUUAAAUUGUAAAGUACUGCAGCUUUGAUAAGUUCUCAGGGAUCUUGUACGAAUAGGGGUGAAUGUGCCAAAGUCCCUGAGGAAGGCAGAAUCACUGAUACCUAAACCUAUAGCACCGCCAGCACAGCGACCUAGGGGUCAUUGAGCAACCUCCAUAGAUACAGGAACGGAAGCAGAAUCUCUCCCUUUUCUACUUAGAGAUAAAGUAGAAAUGCACUGAAAUCACCAAGCGCUAGCCAUGCCAUGUGCUGAAGCUCCUUACACAGCCACCCAUCUUACCCAGGUUACUGGCACGUAGUUGUUAAUGGCAUUUACUUAAACUAUAUAAGAAGCGUAGGAAGGAGGAAGCAUCCUGGACUGAGACUUACAAUAUUUCUACUACUUAGAGUCCGUCACAUUGCAUGCUGCUGUGCUGUAAGAGAACCCCAGUGCUCCAGGCGUCUGCUCGAGUGCUCUUUGUGUAGCUCCUUAACUCGUGAUUUAUGCAGAAAACGACAGAAAACUUCACAUGUGGAAGUCCAAUGACUGUAUGUGCAAAAAUGUUUACACUUUGAGUGGGUUUUUUUUAAAUCCCCAAACAGCUCCUGCAUAUAUGUAAUGCCUUAACAUUGCCCAGGGUAUGGCAUCCACACACAGCCCGCCUUGCCUGGAGGAUGGUUCCCCCUGAGGGUGAACAUAGUCGGUGAGAACUUGGGGUGCUGACAGCAGCUUCGCUGCUGUUGUGUGAACCAGAGGGAUGGAAACUGCCUGGGGCGAUUCAGUCCCCGAGCCCGAGUCAGCAAUAAACCCGGGGACAGGGUGCGAGUCAGCAAACUUGAGCGAACUCUUGUCUCAGUUCUUCUACCACGUACGCUGCUGAACACGUUGAUGUAAAUAACGACUUUCUUAAUGAAUUCCGUGAAUUCUGAGAAUGCCGAUGUCACCAAAACCAGGCGUGAGGGGGUGGGAGCGGGCUGUGUCUGCGAAUAGGCUUGGUGGGUGGUGAGGAGGGGGACAGCUCGCCUGCGAGGCGCUGGGCGGUGGCGUGGAAAGGUACGGCGUGCUCGUGUGCCCUCUCGAUGGUUUAUAACUCCUGGCCAUGGGAAAUUAUAGAUAGAAAUAGGCAAUGCAGACAAGCUACGCUUUGCAGCCCACAAGGUGAUGUACAGGGAUGGAUCCUGCACCUCCCCAGGUGCGACCCCUCGCCGCGCGUCCUGGGGGAAAGGGCUGGUGCUGGUCUUGGGCCGGACCCACGGCUGCUGGAGGGCAACGCCGUGCGGGCUCCUCUCAAAGGCAAAGCAGCAGGCAGCCGUCACCCCGCGGUCACCCCCAGCCCUCUCCGAGGGGUGACACCGGGUGCUGCUGGAGCCCCCCCGCAGGCUGGGUACGCAUGCUCGCGGUGCUGACAGCCCUCUUCUCAACAUCUUUUCGAGGUACCCCGAUCUGUACAUAUAUCUGAAACUCCCCGUCAGCUUCUCUGCUCUUUUUAAGAGAAGAAACAUUGUUCUUUUAGAAAAUUAGAAAUUUGCUGUUAAUUGCUUGAUUAUUGUUUCUACUACAGGAGUUGAUUUAAAAAAAAAAAAAAAAAUGCUGAUAGUUUUAUGUGGUAAAAUCCAGAAAAAGUUGUUGGGUAUCUAUAUGGUUUCUCAUACACCACGGAUUGCUGUAUGCAAAGGAUUUAUAUGGCUAUUAAAAUCUAGUGAUUUAAGGA